AUUGGAAGCCUUAGCAGCGGAGAUUUUGAACAUUUUUCCAACCAUCGUUUUACGUCUUAAUCAUCUCUUUCUCUCUCCCAUUCUUUCCUUUCAACAAAGAAAAAUACAAAACACAUCCUCUGUUUUCGUAAACUCAAAAUGUGUGGAAUUCUCGCCGUUCUCGGUUGCUCCGAUGAUUCUCAGGCCAAACGUGUUCGUGUUCUUGAACUCUCUCGCCGAUUGAAACACCGUGGCCCAGAUUGGAGUGGGCUUUACCAACACAAAGAUUGCUAUUUAGCCCAUCAACGUUUAGCCAUUAUCGAUCCUGCAUCUGGUGAUCAACCUCUCUACAAUGAAGAUAAGUCCAUUGUUGUCACGGUAAAUGGAGAGAUAUACAACCAUGAGGAGUUGAGGAAGAAAUUGAGGAACCACAAAAUUCGAACUGGAAGUGACUGCGAUGUUAUCUCACAUUUGUAUGAAGAAUAUGGAGAGAAUUUUGUGGACAUGCUUGAUGGAAUGUUCUCUUUCGUGCUGUUGGACACGCGUGACAAUAGUUUCGUUGUUGCUCGUGAUGCAAUUGGGAUUACUUCCCUUUACAUUGGAUGGGGACUCGAUGGCUCAGUUUGGAUAUCUUCAGAACUCAAAGGUCUGAAUGAUGAUUGUGAACACUUUGAGACCUUUCCACCAGGUCACCUGUACUCUAGCAAGGAAGCUAAAUUCAAAAGAUGGUAUAAUCCAACUUGGUUUUCUGAGGAUAUUCCAUCGACCCCAUAUGAUCCUCUUGUUUUGAGACGCGCAUUGGAGAACGCUGUGAUCAAAAGGUUGAUGACUGAUGUUCCUUUUGGAGUUUUACUAUCUGGUGGCCUUGAUUCAUCAUUGGUUGCCUCUAUCACAGCUCGUCACUUAACUGGCACAAGAGCUGCUAAGCAUUGGGGUACACAACUCCAUUCUUUCUGUGUUGGUCUUGAGGGUUCACCAGAUUUGAAGGCUGCUAGAGAAGUUGCUGAUUUUUUGGGAACUGUCCACCAUGAGUUUCAUUUCACAGUUCAAGAUGGGAUUGAUGCUAUUGAAGAUGUUAUCUACCAUAUAGAAACAUAUGAUGUAACUACGAUCAGGGCAAGCACACCCAUGUAUCUUAUGGCACGAAAGAUUAAGUCACUAGGAGUAAAGAUGGUGAUUUCUGGUGAAGGCGCCGAUGAGAUUUUUGGUGGAUACUUGUACUUCCACAAGGCUCCUAAUAAGGAAGAGUUUCACCGUGAAAGUUGUCGCAAGAUUAAGGCACUUCACAUGUAUGAUUGCUUAAGAGCAAACAAGGCUACUUCAGCUUGGGGCUUGGAAGUUCGAGUUCCAUUUUUAGAUAAGGAAUUUAUUAAUGUUGCGAUGGCCAUUGAUCCAGAAUGGAAAAUGAUCAAACGUGAUCAAGGUCGAAUUGAAAAAUGGGUUCUUAGGAGAGCUUUCGAUGAUGAGCAACAACCUUAUCUUCCCAAGCAUGUUUUGUACAGGCAAAAGGAACAAUUUAGUGAUGGUGUUGGAUAUAGUUGGAUCGAUGGCCUUAAAGCACAUGCUGCUCAACAUGUGACGGAUAAAAUGAUGUUGAAUGCUGAACACAUCUUCCCCCAAAAUACUCCAACAUCAAAGGAAGCCUACUACUACAGAACCAUAUUUGAGAGGUUCUUCCCACAGAACUCAGCUCGUCUGACUGUUCCGGGAGGACCAAGUAUCGCUUGCAGCACGGCAAAGGCUAUCGAAUGGGAUGCUGCUUGGUCCAAAAAUCUUGAUCCUUCAGGUAGAGCUGCACUUGGAGUUCAUGCUGCAGCUUAUGGAGAUGAGGCAAAUGGUGUAAACAUCGCCCCACCGAAGAUAAUCGAUAGCAUUCCGAGAAUGGAGGUUGGCACACCAGGAGUAAAAAUCCUUAGCUAGUAUAGGAUUGUAGUAGGGUUGUCGUCUUGCUUUAUGAUAAAUCAUGUCCUGUAAAUUGUAUGCCUUAAAUGUACAAACAAUAUGGGAGCAAUGUAGAGUGUGAAGGUCUGCAAGAAGAGUGUCAUUAGUGAGACCUUCCCAUGAAAACUUCCUUUGAAUAUAUAUAUAUAUAUAUAAUAUAUAUAUUUAUGUAAGAUUCUUCAAAUUAUGUAA